AUGUUUUUUCUCUUUUCUAUCUAUAUUUCUUUUUUUUUGCCAUUUCUAUUAACACAUUUUUUUCCCUCCCAUUAUUUUUAUUCCUUCAUCAACCUGCUUUCUUUCCUUUUUGAUUUAUUUUCUAUUUUGUCCUUUAUUUUAAUCGUAUUCCAGUCAUUAUUUUUCUUUUCUUUUUUUUUAUCUUUCUCUUUCAUUUCUCUUUUAUCUUUAUCUCAUUCAUCUUUUAUUUUCCAUCUUCAUCUUUUUUCUUAUCAUUCAUUGUGUUUCUCUUUUUUCGAUUUUUUCUUUUCACGUGUUUUUCUUUUUUUCACUUCUUUCUUUUUCGUUUUUCUCUCUUUUUCGUUUUCUCUUUUUCCGUUUUUCUCUUUUUUGCUUUUCUCUCUUUUUCCGUUUUUCUCUCUUUUUCGUUUUCUCUUUUUCCGUUUUUCUCUCUUUUUUUUCGUUUUUCUCUCUUUUUCCGGUUUUCUCUUGUCUUUCCUUUUUUUCUUUCAUCUUUCCUUUUUUUCUUUCAUCUUUCUCUUUUUUCUUUCAUCUUUCUCUUUUUUUCGUCUUUUUUCUACAGGCCCAUUUUUUAAACUAAUUCAAUUUCAUCAUACUUUUGUAUUUUUUCUUCUCUCACCUUUUCAUUUUUUAAAAAAUUUGUUUGUUCUUAUCUCUUUUUCUUAUUUCUUUGUUUGCACACCUUCUUUAUUUCUUUCUUCUUUUUCUCCUUCUUUUUAUUUUGGCAAACUUUUUAAUGCUGACUCAUUUUCCUCAUGUUUUUGUAUUUUUUCUUCUCUCUCUCUUUUUAUUCAUAUUUAA